AUGCUUGUGUUUACUUUAAUUUUAGAAGAAUAUAGAUAUUCCUUUUAUAAUAAAGACAUGAAAUACAUGAGGUAUGGUAGCCCCGAAUACAAAUAUUUGGAUUUCACAAAGAAAGAUGUCUUUUAUGCAAACUUUAGUCAUUUAGUUGCAGGAAUUGGUAAUUUUUCAGCAAUUGUAAACGGAACAGAAUAUUCAAAACCAUUUUCUAUAGUUUUCCCAGAGGAUUUUUCAAGAAAUUAUAACACUACAUAUAAAUGCCAUUCUUCCACUUGCAACCUCACAUUUCUCGGCAUUUACCCACCAUCGAUCUAUAGAUCAUUUUAUUACGGAAAAAUGCCGACUUUCGCAAAGCUAAACAAAUUUAUACACCCAGGAAAAGAUAUAGUAUUAGAUGAUCAUGAAACAAAAGUUUACUUCUCAACAAAAAGUGAUGAUAAACAAGACUUUUUCGCCUACCGCAUUAGAAUUAAUGAUGUUAAGUAUGGGGCAGAUUUUCUUGCUGUCAGGAAAACAAUUAUUUAUCAUCUAAGUCCAAAAGGCACAGAAUCCAAGUACACAUAUACUAUAAAUGGUUCCGAUCCAAAAAUUAUAUUGUAUCCAUAUAACAAUUCUUUCAAUAUAGCUGAUAAUAAUGUUACUACAUUUAAUGGAGAUUGUUCGCUCCUAUUUCCAAUAACUAUAGAAAAUGCAACUGAAAUUAUUAAUAAUUUUACAUUCAAAUCUGAAUAUGGUCAUGAAUCUUCUUCUAACGAGCAUAACCAUUUUCCACCAGACUUAAGUCUCUUUAUUCCACCAGGAUUCCAUACACUAGAAGAAGUUGAAGAAUUUACUCAACUAGAGAGAAAAAAUUAUGCUGAUUAUCAAAAUGCAUCACUUGAACUGAUUAAAGUUCUAAAAGAAGUGAAAGAAAAAUCAGUCAAUGAGAGGCCAGCUAGUAAAAAUUUUAACUUAGGAGCUACUGAACAAGCAUUAGCUAUUUAUGGAAUAAUUGUUGUCACGAUGCUUAUUAUGGGACUGAUUCAUGGGUGCUAUUGGGCAUGUAAGGCAGAUGAUAUAAUUUUGCAAAUGAUUAAAGAAGGAGAAGAUCCAUUGGAUGAUAUGGAUAAAUCAAAUGAGAAUAUAUCAGCCGAAAGUAAUUCAGAAGAACCAUAA